ACGACGCACCACCAAUGUCAAACCCAGGCAACUUAGCGUUGACAUAACUGACCUCAGGAGUUGCGUUUAAAUUGAGUUUACUGCCCUGUUUUCUUUACAACAGGCAGUCUGAGUAGACUUUACGUUUAGCGGUUCAUAGUUUUGUGGGGGUUACGUUUAUUUGUCGCGGUCUCUAGCGGGUGAAUCUAUCCGACAAGAUGCGCCUCACGUUGCAAAUGUUGAUCUCUCACGGCCGAGUGGCCCGGAGGAUGGGUCUGGGCCCGGAGUCCCGAAUCAACAUGCUGCGGAACAUUUUGACAGGACUGGUCCGACACGAGAGGAUAGAAACCACGCUGGCCCGAGCAGAUGAAGUCCGCUUCUACGCCGAAAAGCUGGUUGACUAUGCCAAAAAGGGAGACACUGAUGAAAAGGCGAUGAAAAUGGCCAGUUUUUGGCUGACGGAAAAGGAUCUGGUACCAAAGCUCUUCAAGGUUCUCGCUCCACGGUUUGAGCCUCAUUCACAUAGCUAUACGCGGAUGGUACGCAUCCCCAACAGACAGAACCUAGACAGAGCGAAGAUGGCCGUGUUGGAGUACAAAGGCAACCCCUUUCCAAGUCUUUAUCCUGUGAGGAAAGAGAAUGAUCUGACUCUCAUCAAUCAGCUGCUCAAAGGCUACAGAGAAGAAAGAGCACAACAGUUUGCUGCAAAACUGUGAUUAAUACCAUCGUGGUGUUGGAGAAAUGCCUCUAAAGAUGUAUUUGCAGUUGCUGCAGAUUGUGGCUGAAAGAGACUGAUAGAUUUCUACAACAACAACAACACAGUUCAAAAGGUGGAGUGUCAACUGAAGAUAAAAACAGUUCUGUAAAAUGAAACGUCUCUGUUGUCUGUCUGUUAAUAAAUAUUAU